GGUUCAUUUUUUCUUGAAUUACACUCUGUAAUCUCGCUUUUUUUUGGUUUAUCUCUGGUGUGAUAAAUUAAAAUCUACAUAUUUCGAAGGAUAUUUAAACACUCAGAAUUCGAUAUACUGACCAUACAAUAUAACAAACUCCAUACUAGACAUUCUAAAUUUGAAAUAACGAAAUUCUUUUUUUGUAAAACGUUAUGAUAUUAUGAAUGUUGAUUGUGUGAUACUGUACACGUGAUUAAUAACCAAUAACUUUCAAUAUUUAGAUAAAUGGAAGAAAAUCUAUCAUAUCAACAAGAAAAUAAAUUUACCCCGAAAGAAUUGAAAGAUUGUCCGGAAUGUUGUAAACCACGAAUUUCUUUUGGAUGGUGUCUGGGAUGCGAAACUAAUACCAUGAAAGAAAACUUUCUAUAUUGGACAUCAGGCAAUAAAGAUAUUGACGAAUUAAUUCGCUACACUCAAUUAAAUGCUACUCAAGCUUGUGAUUACUUGGAGUGGAUACCUUUUGAGAAUUUUGAACUUGUUAAAUAUAUUGGUAAGGGUAAAUUUAGUAGUGUUUAUUCGGCUCUUUGGAUGGAAGGACCUAGAUGGAUUUGGGAUGAUGGCGCACAAGAAUGGACUCGAGCUGGGCCAAUGAAUGUUGCUUUGAAACGACUCGAUAAUUCACAAAACAUUUCAAGUUCUUACGUUAAUCAGAUUAAAGCAUAUCAUAAGUGUUUACAAUCUGCUUCAUUAGCUGGAACGUUCGGCAUUACAAAAGAUCCAACAUCCAGUUAUAUGAUUGUAAUGAAGUAUUAUGAAAAUGGAAACCUUUAUCAAUAUCUUGAUCAUUGUAGCGGAAUUCUUUCUUGGAGAGAUAUGAUCGAUAUACUAUGGGGGAUCGCUGGAGGUCUUGAAAGAAUCCAUUCCGAGGGAAAAAUCCAUGGAAAUCUUCACGGAGGAAAUUUACUUGUCGAAGACGAAAAGGUAUCUACGGAUGCUCGUAUUGCUGAUGUGGGUCUUCAUGGACCAUGCGAUUAUGAUACAAACAAUGGUUUAAUUCAAAGAUAUGGGGUCUUACCAUAUGUUGCACCGGAAGUUUUACGUGGCGAAAAUUAUAGUACUGCCUCUGACAUAUAUUCAUUUGGUAUUGUUAUGAAUACACUUGCAACUGGAAAAAGACCUUGGUAUAAUAGAGCGCAUGAUAUCAAUUUAGCAAAAGAUAUUUGUGAUGGUAAAAGACUUGAAAUUCCUGAUGAUACGCCUAAUUUUUAUGCAGAAUUGAUGCAACAAUGCUGGGAUAAUGAUCCAGAAAACCGUCCAACUGCAUCCUAUUUAAAUGAAAAAUUAGGAGAAUGGAUUAUUUUAAUAUGUGACGAUCCAAAUCCCUCAGGGAUUUCAGACGAAAAUUCUGUUGCCGAAGAAAAGCGAUGGAGAAAAAUUUCUCAAUUGUCAAAAAAAAAUUUUCAUCCAGAAAUACAUCACGAAGCAUAUUUUACAAGUAUGCCUUUACACUUCCAAAUAACACGAGAUGUCAUUCUUAAUUAAUUAUUACAUAUUAAAUUUAAUAAAAAAAAA